CAUCUUACAAGCAUUCCACUCAAGCUGCUAUGUAUUCUCAAACUUGGGAAAGCCUAAAGCCUACAAUCCUGCAUCAGAGGCCAAGACAGUUCUUUCCCGAUCGCAUAUUUAGCAGUUCUGGCUCAGGACGAGAGCUACCUUUUUGCGCCCAUAUGGAACCCUCUGGGAUAUCACCCGAGCGUUUGCAAAUUGAACAAAGACCCCUUCAAUGAUCUUGGUUUCACUUCCUGAUCCAGACCCGAUUAGGUUGUUCGCGACUAACAAAAAGUGGUAUCAUGA